AUGGAUACACCGCCAAAAAAGGAUUCGAUGCCGCUGGAAAGUGGCCAGGCCCUAAGCGGACUUGGCCUUCGAUCAUCUAGGAUAUCUGAACGUCUCAACCAGGUGGACUGUGUCCGCGCCAAUGGGGUUGGAGACCAUAUCCCACUGCCGCAGCUUGUUGUCUGUGGUGAUCAGUCGGCAGGGAAGAGCUCUGUCUUGGAGGGGAUCAGUGGCAUUCCAUUUCCUCGUCAGGAUGGCCUUUGCACAAGGUUUGCUACCGAAAUCAUCCUUCGACAUGAGCCGAGAGAGCAGCAAACCACAGCCACCAUCAUACCAAACAUGUCGCGCGCGGAAGACGAAAAGACUAGGUUAAGUGCCUUUCGCCGCGACAUAAGCGACCUUGCAGACUUGCCUGGCAUCAUUGACCAGGCUGCAAGCCUUAUGGGUGUGAAAGACUCGCCAGCCUUUGCGGCUGACGUGCUCCGCUUAGAGGUUGCCGGCGAUACUGGCUUGCAUCUGACCCUUGUUGACCUCCCUGGUUUGAUCUCCGUCUCUGAAAAUGAGGAAGACGUGCAGCUCGUGGGCGAUCUGAGUAUCAUCCAGCGUGCUCGUCGCUUCGACAAGGAUGGCCUCCGGACUGUUGGAAUUAUUACGAAACCUGACCUCAUUAAUGAUGGCACUGAAUCGCGUGUUGCGAAGCUGGCCAAUAAUGCCGAUAGGACAAAGUUAAAGCUUGGCUUUUUCCUUCUCAAGAACCCCAAGCCCUCCGAAUUGCAGAAGGGCAUGACCAUGGCGGAACGUCGGAAAGCGGAGCAGCAAUUUUUUGCGAAUGAACCUUGGAAGAAGCUUGGACUCGAUCCUUCACGUAUCGGAAUAGACAAUCUGCGGGCAUUCAUGCAGGACCUCCUCGACCGUCACAUCGAGCGCGAAUUGCCCAAAGUUCGAAAGGAUGUCGCUCAACUGCUAAAUAAGAUUAACAAGGAAUUGAUGGAUCUUGGGGCGGAACGGACCUCGCCUGCCCAAAUACGCAUGGAGCAUGGGCAAAAGCGUAGAGUGGUUUCGGCCGAAGACCAGGAAGAUGUUGAGCCGGAAAGUGGUCAGAUCUUAGUGACCGAGGAGGAAAUGUCGAUGUGGAUCAAGAAGGUGCAGUGA